UUAAUUAUACAUGUUGAGUAGGUAGAAAACAGUGCUGUUUUUGGUUGAUUUCUUGGAGCUCCUUCUAGCUUACUAUGCCAUAUAUCUUUAUUUUUAAUUUUUUUGUAUUUUAUUUUAUUUCUUUUAAUUUUCAUUUAUUUAUUUAUAUUUUAUAAGGACACUCUUGCACCAGCUAGAGUACAGUGGCAUCACCAUAGCUCAUUGCAACCUCAAGCUCCUAGGCUCAAGUGAUCCCCGUGUCAUAGCCAUCCAGCUAAUUUUUUCUAUUUUUAGUAGAUAAGGGGACUCCUUGCUCAGGCUGGUCUUGAACUCCUGAGCUUAAGCAACCCUGCCACUUCGGCCUUUUAGAGUGUUAGGAUUACAGGCUUGAGCCACCAUGCCCAGCCAUCUUUUGAGUUGGUUUUUUGCAGAUUGUGUUUAUUAUAUUUCAGAUGCUGAGAUGAAUCGUCACCUGUAUGUUUGGCUUUUUAGACAUCCAUCUCUUAGUGGUUACCCCCAGUGUUAUAUCCACCUUCAUUCUCAUCGAUUUAGACCAGUACAUCUUGGUACAAGGCUGCGGGUUCUUAGACCAAACAGGAAUCACAUUCUCCAUCAUCUGUUAAAUAAGAACUGGUCCAGAAGAUAUUGUCAAGAUACCAAGAUGCUCUGGAAGCAUAAAGCACUACAGAAAUAUAUGGAAGACCUGAGUAAGGAGUGCCAAACACUUGAACAAUGUUUGCAGCAUUCGUCUGUGAAUGAAGAGAAGCGAAAGUCCUUGAACCAAAGGCAUGCUGAGUUGGCACCACUUGCGGCCAUUUACCAAGAAAUUCAGAAGGCUGAACAAGCAAUUGAAGAAUUAGAAUCAGUGUUUAAAAGUCUAAAUAAACAAGAUGAAAAGCAGUUACAAGAACUUGCACUGGAAGAAAGGCAAACCAUUGAUCAAAAAAUCAAUAUGUUAUACAGUGAGCUUUUCCAGAAUCUAGUGCCAAAAGAAAAAUAUGACAAAAAUGAUGUUAUUUUAGAGGUGAUAUCUGGAAGAACUACUGGAGGUGAUAUCUGCCAACAAUUUACCCGAGAAAUAUUUGACAUGUAUCAGAAUUAUUCAUGCUACAAACAUUGGAAAUUUGAACUUCUGAAUUAUACACCAGCAGAUUAUGGUGGACUGCAUCAUGCGGCAGCCCGAAUUUCCGGUGACAAUGUCUAUAAGCAUUUGAAGUAUGAAAGUGGGAUUCACCGAGUUCAGCGAAUCCCUGAGGUGGGCCUGUCCUCAAGGAUGCAGCGUAUUCACACAGGAACAAUGUCAGUUAUUGUCCUUCCUCAACCAGAUGAGGUAGAUGUGAAAUUGGAUCCCAAGGAUUUGCGAAUAGAUACAUUUCGAGCAAAGGGAGCAGGAGGGCAGCAUGUUAAUACAACAGACAGUGCUGUCAGACUUGUCCAUAUCCCUACAGACCCUUCAGAUUGGAACUGUGUCCCUGCCAGAAUUCAAAGUGACGACUGUAGGUCACUUCUACAUACUCUCCAUGCCACGGACUGUGAAGAAUUGCGUUUUCCUAACCUACCGCUUCCAUUUUCUGCUACCAAAAGAGUUAUACAUGGAGUAUGGUUAAAUGUUUAUACAGGGGAAAAUGACCUUUUUUUGGUAAAAUUCGUCAAAAUAAUAAUGAAGACAAAUGAGUAUUUUGCCCUUUAAAACAGGCUUUUUAGUUUGUUAUCAGUUGGUAAGUAAAAGUAGGCCUCUGUAAUUCUCAACACUACCUUCUUUCACUAUCAUGUGUUAUUGAUAACACCUAAAUCUUACCAGUCAGAUUUAAUCUUUUACAUCAGAUCUAGUCAGAGAAGGUUACAAGAUUUUUUUUUUUUUUUUUGAGACAGAGUCUCACUAUUCACCUUCGGUAGAGUGCCCUGGCAUUACAGCUCACAGCAACCUUUAACUCUUGGGCUUAAGCAACUCUCUUGCCUUGGCCUCCCAAGUACCUGGGACUACAGGUGCCUGCCACAAUGCCCGGCUAUUUUUUGAUUGUAGUUGUUAUGGUCGUUUGGCAGGCCUGGGCUGGAUUCGAACCCACCAGCUCCAGUAUAAUGUGGCUGGCACUUUAGCCGCUGAGCUAUAGGCACCAAGCCAAGGUUACAGGAUUUUAUUUCACUAUAGAAAGUAUAUUAAAUUACAUGAUCAAGUGAUUCCCUUAGGAGUUACUGAGCUGUUAAGUAAUAAUUUUAAGGUAAAAGUUCUGAGCCAAUAACUAGGAAUAGUAUAACUGCUUAGGCAAAAAUUAUUACUAGACAGCCAACAAGAAGAGAAACAUGGAGAAAAAUUCAGGCAAGUCUGGCCAUCUUGACAUGGAAAUUUUCAUCUUCUUUUGGGUAGUGAAAAGAGGAUACCAGAUUUAAGAGAGCACCAGGCAGACCCCUGGAAGGUGGAGGCAAAUUGACACACCUUGCACAACCAUAUACCUCCAGCAGAGCAGUCAAGAAAGGAAUUUUGGCUCAGCACCUGUAGCUCAGCAGCUAGGAUGCCAGCCACAUUCACCGGAGCUGGUGGGUUCGAAUCCAGCCCAGGCCUGCCAAACAACAAUGACAACUACAACCAAAAAAUAGCCAGGCAUUGUGAUGGGCCCCUGUAGUCCCAGCUACUUGGGAGGCUGAGGCAAGAGAAUGGCUUAAGCCCAAGAGUUAGAGGUUGCUGUGGGCUGUGACGCCACAGCACUCUACCCAGGGCAACAUAGUGACACCCUGUCUCAAAAAAAAAGAGAAAGAAAGAAAAGAAAUGAGUUUAAACUACUAGAGGUGAAACCUAGGUGUCCUAUUGAAAGUAUUGGGGGGUAUAGACUGUAGCUUAUUUAGACAGGGAGAAACCUUAUUUAGGGAGCAAAAUUUUAUAGGAAUUGUUUAGUCUCCAGCAAAUUAUUUACCACUGUGUCAGUGAAACUGGCCUAAUGGGGUUUUUUGGCAGGAAGGAGAAUGGAACAGCGCUACAUGGUGGCAGUAGUUGGCUCUUGGAGCUGCAGAAAUGCCUAGCCAAGUUAGAAGGGAGAGGCAGAGCUAGGGGAAUGUAACUAGCUCCUGCUCUCAGUCCUAUUUGAAAUAUCUCAUUUACAUAUCAGAAUCUAAACAGCCAUCUACAGCUAUUACUAUUAGAACCCAAGUAGAGUUUCUGAAAUGUGCUCAAUCUAAAAUGCUUUUAUCUUUUGAGAUCUUUUCCUGAUUAACCUCUCCCCUUUAACAUACUUCUCACUUAUAUCUUAAUUUGGCCCUUGGAGGCUAUGAUUUACCUCUGCUCCCUGUUAUUUUUCAGGGCUAGUAGUAGAAUGUCAACAAGAACGGUCACAAAUAAAAAAUAAAGAAAUAGCUUUGCGGGUGUUGAGAGCUAGACUCUACCAGCAGGUGAUUGAGAAGGACAAGCGUCAACAGCAAAGUGCUAGGAAAUU